AUGGUGCUAAAUAAAUAUUAUGAACAGUUUUUAAAAUUGAUGCACAUAUUGCAUGCAAUUACAAUUUACCGUUAUGAUCAAAAUAAUUUUACACAAGCCGAAGCGCACGCUCUUUCAUUACGAUCGGAACAUAUUCGUGUUGCCGAAGAAGAAAGGAGAAAGACUUUAGUUGAAGAAACCAAACAUGCAAGAGUGAGAGCUGAUUAUCAAGAUCAGUUGGCCCGAAAAAGGCAAGAAGAGGAAUUGUCAAUGAAAGCUAGGAUGCAAGAAGAAAGUCUGAGAAAACAAGAGGAAAGUGUGAAGAAACAAGAAGCAGUUCGGAGAGCAACCAUCGAACAUGAAUUAGCCGUGAGACAUAAAUAUGAUCUUGAAAAAAUAGAAGCUGAAAUCCACGCACGAGCUAAAGCAGAUCGAGAAAAUCGCGAUAUCAAUCUUGAGCAUAUGCGAGCAAGUGAAGCAGAGCAUAGAAAAACUGCGAUUGAAAAAAUUAAAUACUUACCAUUAUAUAUUUUGUUAAAUUAUUGA